AAGGGAGGGAGGGAGUGACAGACGAGCAGGCUCAGAGCCCGGUAGGACGGCUUUCAGCGCAGACCUCACGGCCGGGCAGGGCCGCCCCAGCUCCUUCACUUGGUCCUCCCCGCCAGCCCCAGGCCCCGCUCCCAUCCUCCGAUAAGCCCCUCCCCCAGAGCCCGCGAAGCCUAACCGUGGCCUCCUGGGCCCCACCCCCGUUCUCCCGUAGUCCCCGCCCCCAGGGCCGGCUAAACCUAGCCGAGGUCCCUUAGGGCCACGCCCCCAUCGCGAGGAAAAGCCCCGCCCUCUCCGGCCGGUGCCUCGCGAAGGGGAGGGGCCUUUCGUCUGCUAGUUGCCGGGAAAACGGAGCUUAGGAAGAAGCUGCGGCGCUGCUGUCCAGACGGGAGGAAGAAGCGUCCCCCGCCACUCGCCCCGGGACCUGAUUUCGCCAUGCCUUACGUGGUCCCCGGUGGAGCCUCACCCGAGAUGCCCAGAGAUGAUUCUCAACAGUCACAAGCGGAGGAUAGCAGUGUUCCUUCUAAUUACUCCAGUGAGAGCUUUGAGUCCUUCACAGAGAAGGAAGGAGAGGAGGAGAUGGUGGUGGGAGAAGAGGAAAAAUGUCACCCGACGCAGCGGAAACCCUGUGGCUCUUUGGUGGCUUCCGAUGACGACCAGACUGAGUCCAGUGCCUCCGGGAGCCAUUCUGUGAGCAAGUGGCUGAUGCCGAGCUCCAAGGAUGAAGAUGAGCCCUUGGACCCGUUGGACUCUGCCGCUCUACAGGAGAAACUGAGUCAGAGGUGGAUCCAGCAUCUCAAGGCCAAAGAAAGUGCCAACGGACAGCCCCGGGCGGGCCCCACAAGCCACGCAGAUGUCACGGAAGCACCUAAGAGUGAGCGGGAUGCCGUGCAGGCUUUUUGUGCCACGAAGAUCAACCUGCUCCGUCGUCAGCUGAACUCCGGGAGGCGAACGGCAGCGGCCGUCAGAGGCAGCCGCAGGGAUUGGUCGCGGAGAAGCCAGUGA